AUGUUAUUCUAUAUUUUUACUAUUUUAAUUACAGUUUUCUUAAGGUUUUCAACUGCCGGUCUUAUCCCAAAGUUUUCACUUGAUGGUCUUUUACCAAAAUUGACAACUGAACCCUCAAAUGGAGAUGCUGGGUCUUCAAGUGCUGGAUCUUCAAGUGCUGGAUCUUCAAGUGCCGCAGGUUCCAAAUUCGACUUGGCACUGUUUGGUGACUGCAUUAGUCUGAAUGUUACUGACUUUAACACAUGGUUUGAAUGCGUAACAACACAAGCUGAAUCAGACUUAUUGGGGGCCCUUGGUGAUGGUACAAGUGAUGACCUUAUCUCACAAGUUAUUGGAAAUAUUUUGAUAGCUGGACCAUGA